UAACAAAAAUCAUGGCGCAGGCAGCUUCUACAACAUGCGAUAUUUGUUCCAGUGCCUCAACUGAGCAUUAUUGUAUUGAUUGUGAACAAUACUUCUGUGAUACUUGUAAAGGAUUACAUAAAAGACAACGAGCUACUCAAAACCAUGAAUUUCAAAGCAGUUCAGAUUUGAUCCAGGCGGUAAAAUCGAAAUGUAAAGAACACGACGAGGACUUUAUCUUUUUAUGUUCUAGUUGUGACGUGCCAGUUUGUAAAAGAUGUAUGGCAGGGAAACACAAUGGUCAUAAGGUCGCUAAUAUUGAUGAUUCCGUCACCAAAUUGACUCAGAGCAUUACUAGAGCCUUUGCGAACAAACUUCAAGUCGCAGCCCAAAACUUAAAUCAACUCGAAAUUGGACUAAUGAGUUUUCCUUUGGACGUAAACUCCGUCAUUAAAGUUAUCGGAGUAGAAGCACAAAACAUGAAAGUAUCGAUUGACCGUGUAGUGCAAAAUAUGAUCGAUGAUAUAAAUAGAAAAUCAAAGCAGGAACGGGAGAAGUUGAAUAAACUGGUUAAAGAAGCGAAAAUAGGAUUAGAAAAUAAAACACUACUGGGUGAAAAGAAAACGGAACUCGAGAAAAAAAGAAGAGAUGCUGAUCUACACCAAAAAUUGGACACCCUGAAUAAAGAAAUAACUAUGUACCAGCCUGUUAAUAUUCCAGAGCUACCUACUAUUAGAUAUACACCAAAGGAAAUAUCUGAACAAAACCUUGUAUCUUUGUUUGGAGAAUACAGUGUUAGGGAAACUUACAGUGUACAACAAUGUUCUGACUUAAGAUACAAAGAUGUAGUAAGAACAUUUGAGUACAUUGGAGAUGCAUCAGAUUAA